CUUUACUCUCUAAAUGCAACGCUUUGCUGGAGGAGUCUAACGCAAAGUAUCGGUCGUGUCGUUCCGGCAGGACAGAAUAAUUUGUUGGUUUUGCUAUUUUUUUCUGCAUGUCUUUGUAUAGGCCGUGCUAAAUGGCAUGCUAAAUGUUUAAUGCCAAAAUCUAAAGAGACAUUAUCAACCACUUCUGGUAGCGACUCAGACAGUGAAACGGAGAAAAAGGCAAAGAGAAAGAAGGCAUCUGCACCAGAGAAGCCUGCUAAGAAACAGAAGAGUGGAGAGAGCUCAGCAGGAGGGGACUCUUCAAAGGCUACCGGCAAGAGUGACGACAACCUCUUCCAGAUUGGGAAGAUGAGGUAUGUCAGUGUCCGUGAUUUCAAAGGCAAGGUACUGAUUGACAUCCGUGAGUACUGGAUGGACCAACAUGGAGAGAUGAAACCAGGAAAGAAAGGCAUCUCUUUGAAUCCAGAACAAUGGAACCAACUGAAAGAGCAAAUGUCUGAUAUUGAUGAAGCUAUGAAGAGAUUAUAAGAAAACGCUCUAAGUGGAGUUUGUGUGUGUUGUGGUUUUUUUUUUUUUUUUUACACACAUAUAUACUUUUACACUGGGAUAAAAAGCAUUUCCUAGCAGGUGUUUUUUAAUCAAAGUGUACAUUGUGUGCUCAGUUCAGUUGAAUCUAUGAUUUCAGCAUGUUUAGUGUGUGACACGUGUUCUGUAUUUAUAAGGACUGUGGUUUAUUGUAGCUCUAGGGUGAAAAACUUCAGUAUUGCUCCACUUAAACUGCACGGACAGCUGUACAAUUUCUUUAGUGAGAAUAAAUCCUAUAUCUUAUGUGCCA